AUGUCGGUCUCAGGCCUUACUAUAUCCAUCACCUACAGCCCUUUCCCUCCCGAUUUCGACCUUCGAUUACGAGAAGUCGCUCGUGAAGUCGUCAGCGAAGAAUGGGACCAGCGCACCCCUAAAAUCGAUCCUGCCGCCCCCAUCCUGCCGCCGCAGGAGCCCGAGCUUGCUGAGGCGAUACGCCAAGCUGGCCCCAAAGGUGAAGAACGAGAAGAAGCCUUCAAUCGACACAAAGCCCCUUUGAGGCUAGUGGACAACAAUGCACUGGCAAUAGCCAAGGUGAACGACGCUCCUCAAGGCCCCCCGACUUUGCCUUUGCAAGUUGCUUCUAAACAAGGCACGUUUUCGGCUAGCCAUCAAUCGCCCCUUCGCAUUCCACAGGCUGGAAAGAGUACCAUCGUCGUCGCACAUGCUCUCCACGUCCCUGUUCCUGCUGGUCAAGCCAGCAAGAAUGAUCAGUAUCGUACCUACGUAAACAAAUACCAUCAGAGUGUGAAAAUUCAUCCCGGCGUCAUUACGGCCCCAAGUCUUGCGGUGAUGGAGAGUGCGAAAGAGAGAUCAGACAAACUGGCCCAUAAGAUCUGGUUGGGGAUGACAAAGUUUGACGCUUCCCUUAUAGCAACCUGCAAAGAAGCACCAUUGCUUCGCACCUCUGUCACAAGCCGCCCUGAGUGGUUUUUUGUCGAGGACCCGGAAUGGUGGUCGCCAUUGAUGAGGACUGCCUUUUGGACAUCAUUCUACAUGGACCCUCCUGUCGAUAUCCAAAUCUUCCGCCUCCCUGGGAACAUACGCUUUAGCCAUGUUACCACUUCCUCUCAGCUCCCGCCGCCAACGACGGUGUAUAGAGCCCUAGUGGACCCCAUGUUUCUCAACGAGAAAGCAUUCAAAUCUUGGGCUAAAUUCGUCCCCAACCCUCCCAAGGCGUCUGCCAAAGCCUUUGCAUCCAAGCCUUCCCUUCAGUCUCUCCUCGAGGCCAGGACGGAUGGCUUAUGUGACAAGGUCAAGCGACACACCAUGGUUCUGAAGGACCUCGGGUCGGAGAGGAGGUUGGAUUUGUUGGUUCGAAGGGAUGAGGAUCCGAGGAGUUUCAGGGCCUUGGUGAGACGUGACAUUUGGGGGUUGAGGAAGGCUGAGUAA